AUGGUGCUGCUUACUUUACACUAUACCGCAUGCGGACAACUUUUGCAGGAAAAGGCUUACCAAUUCAUGUCGACCUACGGUCCUCAACCUCUGGCUGGUGGAUUUGGUAAGACUUACGACGUUUUUGUAUUUGCAAUCGAGUUACUGCGAAACCAACAAGUUAUAUUUCCCAUGAAAAUGAGGCGCACCCAAGGUUUGGAAAUUAAGUCUUGCUUCUAG